AUGACAUCGAAUAAAUCAUCAAAUAUGAAUUUUUCAUCCAUAUUAAAGUACAAUUGUAUAUGUUUAGACAUGUUUUACCUAUUUUAUAAUCAUAUUCGUCGUUCACAUUUUGCAAAAACUGGUCGACAUCAUUAUGAACUUAUUGAUCAAACAUGUUAUUAUGCACAAUUAGCACAAUUAACACUUAUUUUAAAUGAAAUAUUUGAAUUAAUAUCAUACUAUAAGUGUAUAAAUGAAAAUAUCACACCAUCAAAAGUAUUAAAAAAAUGUCCAUCAAAACGUUUAUUUCCAGCAUAUUAUGAAAUAAUAACAAAACCAAUUGAUUUAAUAAUGAUAAGAAAUAAAUUAGAUAAUGGAGAAUAUUCAUCAUUUCAAAUCUUUGAACACGAUUUAUUAUUAUUAUUUAAAAAUGCAAUCACAUAUUGUGGUGAAGAUUCAGAUGAAGCAGAAGUUGUAUCAGAAUUACAAAGUUAUUUUCAGAAUACAAUAAAAAUUGAAUAUAGAAAUAUAUUAAAAUUAUUUAUUAAUGUGAAAGACAAAGAACAAAAUAUAAAUAAUUUACAUACACUUGAAAAUUUUAUCGGACGUCUACAUGAAAAAGAAGUUAUGUAUGGACAAAUAAGACAACUUCUUUAUGAUAUUAUUUAUAAUAUUGAUGAUAAUCCAGAUGAUGAUUCACCGAUUGUUUAUAAAAUAGUACUUGCUGGUAGUGUUAAUUCACAUCGAACAUCAAAAUCAAAACCAUCAUCCGAUUGUAUUGUACAUUGUCGAUGUGGAUCAGUUUAUGAUGAGAAUUCACUUGUGCAAUGUUAUGCUUGUCAAUUAUGGCAACAUGUCGCCUGUGUUUCAAUAGUUGAUUCAAGUCGACCAUAUUAUUGUUUUGAAUGUCAACCAGCAUGUGAAUAUAAUCCAUCAGCUUGUUUAAAAACAAAUGUUAUUAUAGCGGCUACUUUAUCACCAUUACAAACAUAUGAUGAUAAUCAUAGUUCAUAUUCAACAUUAACACGUUCAGAUGGUUUUAUAAUACGUAUAAAUGAAAGUUAUUUUGUACCAAAACAAGAUGAAAAAAAUAUUGAUAGAUCAUUAACAUCACCUGAAUACGAUAUUCUAUUUGUUGAACGUCUUUGGAUUGAUGAUUAUGGUAAUGGACAAGCAUCUGGAUAUUAUUAUAUACGUCCAAAUGAAACAUUUCAUGAACCCAAUAGAAAAUUUUUUCCUAAUGAAGUAUUUCGUUUUCCAUCAUCGAAUGAUCCUUUACCAAUAAGUUCAAUUGUUCGUCCAUGUUUUGUAAUGGAUAUAGGAACUUAUUGUAAAGGUAAACCAAUAAGUGACAAUAGUAGUCGAGUACUAUCAAGUGAUUUAUUCAUAUGUGAAUAUCGUGUUGAUAAGUCAGCAAGAACAUUUACACGUCUAUUAAAAGCAAGACAUCUUGGAACUAAUACAAAAUCUUAUUGUUUUGAUAAUUAUGUUGAAAAAUUGUCAAUUAAACGAGAUUAUCAGCCUUAUCAAAAAGAACUUCAACUACAUCAUUCUCAUGAGAAUCGUCGACGUUCAACUGUUAAUCCAAAUAAAUUAACUAAUAAACAAUUUGAAGAAAAAUCUACACGUAUAAAUGGCAUUAUAGAAAAAAUCUACUGUCGUUAUCAUGAUCAAAAUCUAAUACCAAAUGAUACAAAAUAUACAGUCGAUCAACUUCUUCAAGGAUCACCAACACCUUCACUCUUAGCUGAUGAAGAUAAUCAUCAUGAUAAUUCACGUUUAAGAAAAAAACGAUCAUCAAUAUCAUUAUCAUCAAUCUCUUCACCGUUACAAACGCCAGCUGAAAAUAUAAAUAACAAACGUCGUACAAUAUCUUUAUCAUCGGAUGACGAUAUUGUUGAGCUGCUGCCUGAAAGUGAUUGUCAAAGAUUAGCCAAAAAACGUUCAACAAAGCAGACAACUAUUAAUUCACAUAAACGUGAUGAAUCAAUUGAUCAAGUCUAA